AUGACCAGGUUUCGUUCGCAUGCAUUCACUCGCGCCUUCUCCGUUCGUCAUGCGCCUGCAAGACUUCCCAGGAAAGGCGACAAAGUCGUUGUUGGUAUGUCCGGAGGAGUAGACUCCUCUGUGACAGCAAAGCUACUCGCGGAGAAGGACUAUGAUCUCUCCGCCGUGUUCAUGCGAAACUGGGACUCCCGCGAUGAGAAAGCAUCCGACAUUGGCUGCGAAUGGGAGAAGGACUGGGAGGAUGUCCAACGAGUCUGCAAGAUGCUUGAUAUCCCCCACCGUAUGAUAGACCUCUCGCGCGACUACUGGAACCGUGUCUUUGAACCGUCUCUCAAAGCAUGGGAGUCUGGCGUGACACCCAAUCCUGACAUUUGGUGUAACAAAGAGAUCAAGUUUGGGUCAUUACUCGAACACUUACCGCCUGAUACGCAGUUCUUGGCAACAGGUCAUUACGCACGGAAGGAUCAUGAUGCAGAAACUGGGAGGCCGAAACUACUGCGAUGCGCUGACCCUACCAAGGACCAGACGUAUUUUCUGUCUUCGAUAUCUGAACAUGGCUUAUCCAAGGCGCUGUUCCCGCUGGCCGACCUGACAAAAACGCGAAUACGGGAGAUUGCUCACGCUGCGGGUCUGCCUACUGCAUCGCGGGCAGAGAGUAUGGGUAUAUGCUUUGUAGGCGAGAAGCGCCGCUUCUCCGAGUUUCUAUCGGACUACUUCCCACCCCGGCCCGGUCCUAUAUGCGAUCUAAAAACCGGUCGUGUACUAGCCGAACACAGUGGUCUGUGGUCAUUGACGAUAGGGCAGAACGCGAGAGUCCCGGGCAUGCCCGAACGAAUGUUUGUCGUCAGCAAAGAUCCAUCGAGCAACAUCAUUUGGGUCAGCAAUGGCGCCUCACCCGCCUUGCGCGUGCCGUCUAUUACUUGCAGCGACUUUGCGUGGAUAUGGGCAGACUCGCCGCCUGGCGGUAUAGACUCGCCACAUGGGUUCCGUGCGUCGGUGAAGGUCAGACACAAGACGGGACAGACGCCUUGCACUGUGUUCCGUGCGAGCUCGGGCGGAGUACGUAUCGAAUUUGACGAGCUCGAGAAAGGCGUAGCCGAGGGUCAAGUCGCAGUUUUGUGGGACGGAAACUGGUGUCUAGGAUGCGGCACUAUCUCCGGCAUAGAACACGCCGCUUCUUCGGCGCCACCUGCUGAGCCCGUGUUGGCCGCAGGUGUUGAGUCUCUACCUGUAUCGUUGACCUAG